AUGCGGCGGCAGCGGCGCGGGGGCUGGAAGCGCCGAUCCAAGAUGGAGGCCGGGCGAGAGCGAGAGAGCGCGAGCGGAGAGCGGGCGGGCCGGGCGCGGGCCCCGCGCGGGGGAGGGAGGCCGCGCAGGCCUGUGCGGGGCGCGGCGGUCGCCGGCCGUCCGGGCGCCAGCGGGGACGGCUGUGGGCGCGGCGGGCACCCCGGAACCCUAGUCGCUCCGCACCCCUCUCGCGGGCCCCGAAAAUUGUGCCCCCGCCCGCUCGGGCACUACGGCGACGGGCGCGGAAGCCUUUGUGGCGCGCUGGGGCCCGCCGCCAAGCCCGCCCUCCGCCCCCCCGCCCGGACUCUCGGGACUCGCCCGCGCCCGGCGGGACCGGGCCGAGGCGGGCUGGUGCGAAUGCCAUCCGCCGCCCUGCGUUUCUCCGGUCUUUUAGCGGCGGCGGCGUCGUCACAUGACAACGAGCUCCCCUCGGCUGAGGGGCCUGGGGGUCGCUCGGCGAGGCGACCGGCCCAGGCCUCUUCGCAGUGGGGAGGAGCGGGGGGCUGGCGCCUGGGGCAGAGGGGACGUCAAAGCCGGGCUUUCCCGCUAUCUGCCCUCCCCGCCCCCGACGGAGGCCUCCUUGUGAAACGUGUCCAGGCCGGAGCACUGCCCCGCUAG